AUGGAUGGGCAGAACAAGAUUUCGCAGCCUCUCUACUUCCCAGCAGACCAUCCGACGAUGCCGAGAUGGUUUAAGGGGAUGGAGCAAAUCAUUCAGGAGCGUGGUCUCUGGCCGGAGCGCGGUUUGAAGGCUCAAUGCUUUGACAGCUUUGCCAAGUGCCUACCAGGCUGCACCGGCUGCUGCUGUCGGCGUUUGCUCUUCAACCAACCUGACUUUGUCUCGCAGAAGCCCCAGCUGCAGGAAUAUAUUGAGUCCCGCGGUCACUUCUGCGACUUCUAUCCCAAGUACCACCCAGAAACUAACUUCAUAGAGCAAUACUGGGGCUAUUCAAAGCUCCAUUACCGCAAUACACCUCCGACAAACAACAUUCAAGAGAUGGAGAAGAAUGUGAAGGAGGCCCUUGACAAGGCUUCGCUCCUUCAAAUUUGGCGAUGGGCAAAUCGUGCCGCCCGUUUCAUUUCCUCAUACGCACAGGGUCUCAAUGGCGCGGAGGCGGCAUAUGCGAACCGGAAAUUCCACGGGCACCGGAUGUUACCAGCCCAUGUCGCAGCUUCUUUGAAGGAAGAGUUUAAGAAAUGGCUUAAGUCUAAACAUAAGAACUGA